AUGGAAGAUGAGAAUUCGCAAUUAUUCUCAUCAUCUCAGCUGCUCAAUGAAUCAUUUGCAAACUCUAUAAAACCUAAGAAUCGAAGUUGGGUAUGGAAAUAUUUUGAAAUAAACGAAGUAGUUGAAACUACUCAUAUUAGCUUUAAAUAUGGAAUUUGUAAUGUAAAUGAUAAAUUGGGUAAAAGAUGUAAUAUUCGAUUGAAAGUUUCAGGUGGAUCAGUGUCAAACUUAAUUUCUCACCUUUUAAACAGUCAUGGUAUCACACAGGAUAGAUCUGAACAAGAUGAUAUGGAUAAAUAA